AUGUCUGAACAGCAGAGGUUAGCGUUCACAUCUUCCCGUGUUCCACAAGAGACGGCAGAAGACGGCGAAAGAAACGAGCAUCCAGACAGUGCCAGCUCUAUCCAACCCGUGGAAACAAACAUGACACAAGAACAGGAGAUGACCCAAUUGAAAAAGACGCAGCAGUAUCUUGAAGAGCGAUGCAACUUUCUAACCCAAGAAGCGUACUUCUGGAAAGACCGAACCGAACAGGAAAAGCUCAAAGCCGCAAACUACGUCGGCUCUCUGACGAGCCAGCGCCUCGAUCUCAAGAAUAAAAUGAGGGAGUUACAAGAGCAAGCUGACCAGGAGGUACGAGAAGUGAGAGUGGAACUGGAGAAGGAGAAGGCGAAGCAAAAGGAUCUGGAGAAUACAUACCGGGCAGAUGUCCAGCAAAAGGGAAAAAUGGCUGCAGAAAAAGAGGCAGAGAUUGAGAAACUGAAGAGUGAAGUCACGACUCUGACGAGUGAUUUGAAAGACGCUCGUGCGAGUAAAUCAACACAACGCAAUAACACAGCGACACGCCCUGGCACCGCGGCACCAAUGGGGAUCCGCGCCAAAGACGAACGCAUCAAGCAGCUGGAAACCGAGACUGCGCGACUGGAAAAACUGCAAAAGACGCACAGACAGGAUAUCGCACAGGCAAGGGAGCUGCAGCGAGCAGCAGAAACCCAAGUCGUUGCGCUGCGCCACUUUGAAAGUGCGAGUAAGAAACUGGUCAAGAAACACGCUGAUGAUGCAAAGUGCAUCGUCGAGCUGGCUCACGAGCUGGAGAGGUACAGAGUGAGGAUUCAGGAGAUGCAGUGUGGUUCUGAGGGUAGGGAUGAGGGCCAGAUGGUAGGGGUGAAGACGCUUGUUCCUCCCCCGCCCCUGCAACUGGCUGCUGCUGUAUCCAGCGUGUGCAUUGCGCCUGUUUCAGGACGGGACUACAGCGCAGAGGUACGAGAGUUGGAGCAGCGAUUGGGAAUUCUGCAGGCGCAUCACGAAAGGAUUACGGAUGAGAAUGCGGAGCUGCGGUUUCGUUAUCAUAAUAUGGUGACGGAGUUGGGUUCCUGCAAGAAUCAUGUUGGAGCUCGGGAUGGCGACAGCGAGGUGCUUGUUGCGGAGAUGGAGCGGCGGAGCGGCGAGCUGGAAUGUUGUGUCGAGCUUGUAAAGGAGAAAGAUGACAAGGCUGGAGUGAAGGUGGGGAUUGCAAAAGGGGAGUUGGCGAGGACGUUCCAGGCGAGAAUCCAGCAGCUUGAGAAAGAACGGCAGCAGCAUGGGAAUCCGUUUGAUAACGGUCUUGCCUUCUUUGAGAAUAUGCAAGAUGCUGGAAAGCCGACGCCAUCGCUUUCUACAACAAAGGUCCUAGAUGUACCUGGUGAGAACGCACCAGUCUCUAACCCUGCAUGCAGCGAGCGGAAGGAGUGGGUGGAAAAGCUGGAACAUGUCGUUUUAGAGACUCUAGAGGAGGUUGCAGAGCUAAAGGAGCAGUGGAGAAAUAGGCCGCUUUGUGCAGAUCCAGAGCAUGGCCGACUCAGAGAGGAGAUGCGCAUCGCCAAGGAUAGGCGGUCUCAGGCGCGGAGUGAGCUGUUGGCUAAGUUGAGGAAUAAAAGGGAGGGGUGA